AUGAGCAACCGGAAUCCAAAUACUUUAAUGAGUGUACCAGACGAUCAGUUUGAUUAUUUAUUUAAAAUAGUUCUUAUUGGUGACUGCGGAACAGGGAAGACAUGUAUUGUCCAACGUUUAAAAUCCGGAAACUUCAUAGAACGGCAUGGAAAUACAAUAGGCGUAGAUUUCUCGAUGAAAACUUUAUUAGUUGAUGGAAAGAAGGUCAAGCUGCAGAUAUGGGAUACAGCAGGACAGGAAAGAUUUAGGACUAUUACUCAGAGUUAUUAUCGUUCAGCCAAUGGAGUUAUAAUAGUGUAUGACAUAACAAAGAGAUCAACAUUUUUGUCUCUAAAGAAAUGGAUUGAAGAAGUUAGAAGGUAUACAUCAUCAAAUGUCAUAGUCUCUUUAAUUGGAAAUAAGUGUGAUCUGGCAGAUCAACGUGAGGUUGAAGCUGAAGAGCCUAAGUCUUUUUGCCGUUAUGUUCCAGAGAUUAUGUUUGUUAUGGAGACCUCUGCUAAAGACAAUACUAAUGUUGAAGACACUUUCCGAAGCUUAGCCACAGAAUUAAAGCGUCAACAUGAUAGCAGCGAAGGCCCACCCGCUGACACUGAUGCUGUUGUACUCGGAGAAAGUCAUUCUGUGAGUCGGUGUCAACCUUGCCGUUCUUAG